ACUGUACACCUAGGUGGGUGAGAAUUUGUGAACUAGAAAUUAGAAAUAGGUUUCACUCUCUCACACUACCGUCUAUCUGCUCUCUCUCUGUCUCACUUCGCUCUCCCGUUUUCACUCUCUCUCCGGUCGCCCGUGGCCACGGCCUUGUCGCCUCGGACCUCUCCGUCCAAGCGCCAAGCAGGCAGCACUGCAGCAGUGCGCCGCCCCAGCCCUCGUCCCGCCUCCUUCGGCCUCGUGCCUCCAUCCGGUGACUCCGCAGCAGAAGCAACUUGCAACGCCCAAAUUCCCAACGAAAGGUGAGGGGGAAGCUGGAGUUUGAUUAGGUGGUGCAGAUUGGAUUUUGAAUGUCGACGGCGCUCAGAACUAUACUGCGUUCCACUGGAGCUCGUCUCCUACGGAACACUGCCGCCGCACCCGCACGCUCUUUCUCCGAUCAACCUCGUGAACCCAUUCCCGACCGCCCACUCAGAAAUCAAUCCCGAUCUUCAUCUCGCCCCCGGCAGACCUUUGGGGCAGAAACUGAUGCUGAUUUUCUUGAAAGAUUCAAGCUUGGGCUGGAUAGCGACAGCAGUAAAGAAAACCCUAACAAGAGGGAGAGGGAGCCAGUCGCAGUCGAUAAAGAUAGUGAUAGCGUGGAUGCGAAUGAGAUAUUCAAGAAGAUGAAGGAGACGGGGUUGAUCCCCAACGCCGUGGCUAUGCUUGAUGGUUUGUGUAAAGACGGGCUGGUGCAAGAUGCAAUGAAGCUUUUCGGGUUAAUGCGCGAGAAGGGUGCCAUUCCGGAGGUGGUGGUGUACACUGCUGUGGUGGAGGGCUUCUGCAAGGCGCACAAGUUGGACGAUGCAGUGAGGAUUUUCAAGAAAAUGGAGAGCAAUGGAGUCGUUCCUAAUGCCUUCAGUUACCAGGUUUUGAUUAGGGGGCUGUCUCUGUGCGGUGAGAAGAGAUUGGAGGAAGCCCAUGAGUUUACCAUUGCCAUGUUAGAGGCUGGCCAUUCGCCGAAUUUGGCUACUUUCACGGGAUUGAUUGAUGGGUAUUGCAGGGAGAAAGGUUUGGAAGAGGCUCAGCGUGUGAUUGGGGAAAUGAGGCACAAGGGGUUCUUUGUGGAGGAGAAAGCAGUUAAGGAGUAUUUGGAUAAGAAAGGGCCCUUCUUGCCCGUGGUGUGGGAGGCGAUCUUGGGGAAGAAGGCCUCCAACAAGUCUCCUUUCUGAGGGUUUAGCAGUCAGCUGUUUUCUUUGGUAUGAAUAUCAAUAUCUUGAGCUCAAUAGAAUGUUUUACUGUUUUGUUAUCUGUUUAAAGAAUAUGCAUUUCAAUUCAUUACCAGCUUUUACUCUUCUCAGAUGCAUCUUGUUUAGUGGAAUGAUUGAAAAACUAUGCAUAGAUUUAGAAUGAAACUCACAUGCUCUUCUCAGUUUCUUUGUUUCACAUCAUUAUCAUACUUGAAUAAAUAAUGUUGUUUCUGCUGCAAA